UUAUCGGCCCAUGUGGUCCUGCCUCCUCACUGAGUUCUGCCAUAGAGGUGGACACUGGUGGUGGUGUCCUCCUCCUUCUAGCUGUGGUUGCCUCCGCUCGUCGCCGUCGGGGGCGGUAGCUUCAGAUCCCCAGCACAGCGAGAAUGACAUUGAAGACAUCCAAAAGCUUCAAGCUGGCCCUCCCUUGGAUGAAAUGUCUAUUCCAUACAUUCCGAGGAACUUGUUACACGCAAUUGAGUAUCUACAUUCUGAGGGACUAGUUUGGAAUCGAGGGCCACAAGUUAAAGCAUCAGGUCAAUGGUCCCGCCAACAAUUAAACCAGAUGGCGGAUUGGAGCUUGAUGUUGGGAUGAUGCAUGCACCUUUCAAGUUUCAGAAUGUUGUCCUCAAAUGCAGCUUGUGGUUGUUGAACCUAUUCUACUUGUUUUUGGAUUUAAGUUAUAGUUUAUUAAACAUGUUUGAUGUUUAAUACUUGUGUCGGAUGAUUUAUGCUUCAAUUAUGUGGAUGCUAGAAAAAAAUUGUAUAUACUCAUGUUGUUUCAUGAAAUUGUAUGCACGAUUUGGUUUGAAUUCAGUUGAAUGCAGUUUUUUUGGUUUGAAUUCA